AUGGGUGACAGAAGCGAGAAGGGCUUGGUGAAGCACAAACGGAGAAGCACGAUCUCCGGUGACGCGGCGGGAGCUCAUCAGAAGACGCUCAGCGGACAGGUGAAGGAGAAAGAGCAGAGUCAGAGACCGAGACACGACACACCCGCGAAUAAACACAAGAAUCACCGCGAUGCUGGCGACCACGACUUCAGCUGCCAUAAGCUGCAGGAGUCGCUGCUCAGCUCCGACAGCGGCUACAGCAACUACAGAGGAAUCCUCAACUGGUGUGUGGUCAUGCUGGUUCUGUCCAAUGCACGGCUGGUCCUGGAGAACCUUAUAAAAUAUGGUGUUCUGGUGGACCCCAUCCAGAUCAUCUCUCUCUUCCUGAAGGACCCGUACAGCUGGCCGGCUCCGUGCCUGAUCAUUGUUUCCAACGUCUUUAUAAUGGCAGCGUUCUACAUAGAGAGAAAGCUUUCUGUGGGCAUCAUCUCCGAGGGCACCGGGACAUUCCUCCACUGCAUCAAUCUUGCAGCUCUGUUAUUUGUCCCGGCCGGGACAGUUCUCAGCCUGACCUCUAUAACCCCAGUGGGUAGUGUUCUGGCGUUGAGUGUCUUCACCAUUCUCUUCCUGAAGCUGUAUUCAUACAGAGACGUCAACAAAUGGUGCAGAGAGAUCAGACAGGCCAAAGCUCGAACCCUGUCCCGCUCUCAGUCCUGCCCGUCUGUGCACAAAGCCAAUGGCCCGACUGAAUACACACACGUGAGCUAUCCAGCAAACCUCACACACAGAGACAUGUAUUAUUUUAUCUUCGUCCCAACUCUGUGUUACGAUCUGAACUUCCCGCGCUCUCGGCGGAUACGGAAGCGUUUCUUACUGCGCCGACUGCUCGAGAUGGUGUUUUUAAUGCAGUUAAUGCUUGGAUUAAUGCAGCAGUGGAUGGUUCCGACGAUUCAGAACUCAAUGAAACCCUUUCAGGACAUGGAUUUCUCUAGAAUCGUUGAACGUCUGCUGAAGCUCGCUGUGCCCAAUCAUUUUAUCUGGCUCAUCUUUUUCUAUUGGUAUUUCCACUCCUCCAUGAACUUCGUAGCUGAGCUCAUGCGGUUCGGAGACCGUGAGUUUUACCGCGACUGGUGGAACUCUGAAACGAUUCCGUAUUUUUGGUCGAACUGGAACAUUCCUGUUCACAAGUGGUGCCUGCGACACUUUUAUAAGCCCAUGUUGGUGAAAGGAGUGAAUAAGUUAUCCGCUCAGUUAGCCGUGUUCUUCCUGUCGGCGUUUUUCCAUGAGUAUUUAGUGAGUGUUCCUCUAAAGAUGUUUCGGUUCUGGGCGUUUCUGGGAAUGAUGGCACAGAUCCCGCUGGCCUAUCUCGUGGGCCGAUUCUUGAGGGGAAACUACGGCAAUGCCGCCGUCUGGAUGUCACUGAUCAUCGGUCAGCCGAUCGCCGUGCUCAUGUACGUCCACGACUAUUACGUGCUGCAUUAUGAGAGCACUGCGGCAUGACACAACCACAUCUGCUGAAUCUAAACACAAUGCAUAUAUUUUGGAGAAAGGGAGAUAUUAAAUUUUUAACAGACUUCAGCCCAUGCUAAAUGUGAUCUGAAAGAACAGAGCAGGAGUGUUUUAUAACGUGCAAUCUGAUGUUAACACUGCCAAGCCAGAGUAACACAUCAUUGCAAUGCCUUCUCACUAAUGUUUCAUACUUGACAUUUGAAGGCACAAAAUCCAAAGUGUUUGUACUUUUCCAAAUGCAUUUCAGAACUCAUUUGUGUCUGCAAUAUAAAUGUUAAGUUGUUUUUUUUAAUUCUUCGUGCUGUUGCUUUGUUGUGAUUGACUGAAUUUUUGAGCUGUUGCACUUUGUUCAGAAAUGCAAGACGUUUGUCAACAUUUUAAAGAAUGUAACUGCUUUUGUUAAUUUCGAUAUUACCUGAUAAAUUUCAGUUUAAACAGAUCAUAUCAACAUGAAUCUGUGAAAUUGUUAAAGCCAAAAUGUAAUGUUGCUCUGUUUAAAUUGCCUGCAGUGUUAUUUAGAUGUGAUUUUAAUGGGAUUCAAGCAGCAAUAGGGCCAAGAAAGAUGUCCUAGAUAACAUAUUCUCAUAUACUGUGAAGAGAUUAUACAGAAAUAAUUAUUCUGUUCUCUGAUUAUCUGUCUAAAACAUCUCGACUGCUCCGGUGCUUGCUCCCAUUAUUUGUGUGUGUAUUUUUGAUCUCAUAAUUGACCAUGGUUAUGAUAAUACUGAGAUGUAAAUGUACUUUAUUCCACUGUAACUGCUGCAAUCAGGUUUGACUUGUUUGAAGAGUUUUUGAAUAACAUUUGAAGUACCUUUCUACAAAACAUUUGAUAGAUUUAAUAACCAGCUGAUUUUUCCUGAGAAAGCCAAAGUUUGUUACUGAAGACCUUUUACAGUUUCCCUGUACGGUUUCGGCAGCUCGUGUUCCAGUUUAAUAAAUCUUUUCAAACAUCA